UUUCGAAGUGACGUUGCAGGAUAUUAGCAAGCUUGAAUCUAUUGGACUUAUUAAAUAUUACUUCAUGGAGAUUCAAAUGUUCAAAUCAAACGAAAAUGAAGUUAAAAUUAAAUACAUCAAAAAUACUGAGGAGGAAGAAUUUACUUAUCCUUUUGCUCCGUCCAAUUUGUUUAUUGCUGGUUGUGGUAUGGUAACUUCUCCAACAAACGAUUUAUUUGACAAACCGAAGACUUUUGUUUUUUUUACUUUGAAUGGACAUUUUAUUGGAAGAGCAAUUUGUUUCGAAGAGGAGGUUGAAGAAUUAACUCCAACAUUUACGUUGUCUGAGGGGAAUGCUGACGUUAAAACUAAUUUUGGGGAGAAGGCGUUUGUUUACAAAUUGGAUACCAAUUUUGUUGAAACUCUUUUAAAUUUUGAAUGA